AGCUAGACCAAAGAUAACACAAAAUCCUUAGCCAAAAAGAAAAUAGAGAUACCAAAAGAAACUUUCAGUUUACUAAGAAAUGGCAAACUCUAGCAACAAUGCAGUCAAGGUUGUGAGUACUUUAGUGUUAAUGUGCAUGUUGAUCAGUGCACCAUAUAUGGCCGAAGCUAUAACUUGCGGUCAAGUUGUUUCGUCCCUGGCUCCUUGUAUUAUGUACUUGACCGGAAAAGGUGCCUUAACACAAGGAUGUUGCGGAGGAGUAAAAGGUUUAAACAGCGCAGCCAAAUCAACAGCCGACAGAAAGACUGCUUGUAAUUGUUUGAAAUCUCAAGCCGGUAAUAUUAAGGGAAUUAACUACGGUCUUGCUGGUGGCCUCCCAAGCAAAUGCGGUGUUAGCAUUCCUUACAAGAUCAGCCCUUCUACAGACUGUACUAAGGUGGUGUAAAAAGCUUGAUGAGACUUGUACGCAGUAUCCCACCGUCUGAUAUAUAGAUCGCGUGGAUGAGAAUAAGCAAUGGAGCUUCCUUGAUCGUUGAAUGCUCCAGCAUUAGAGCAUCUUAGAGUUUCUUUGAGUUUGAACUACUUAUAUUAUGUUGUGUAAUGUCACGUUGUCGAUUUUCCAAUUAUGGAUAUAUCGAUGACAAAGUUUCAAUCUAAAAAAAUCUAGACAUAUUUAUGUAUUUUUCUUAUGAAUAGUUUGAAUUCUGAACUCAAUUUCGAAA